GCCUUGCCAUUAGCAAAAAACCCUGGGAUAUCUGUCGCAAUCGCAUCAAGCUUCGGGUCACUCUCACGACCCACGGCAGCGACUUACACCACAAAUAAUCAGCUCAUAGGAAACGAAGCUUCAUCCAUUGUCAAGAUGGCUACUCCCGUGAUGACCGUCUCCGAGAGCAAGGAGCUGCGAGGCCUCAACCUCAUCGCAGCCCACUCCCAUAUCCGCGGCCUGGGCGUCGAUACUGAAACCUUGGAACCACGCGCGAAUUCCCAAGGUCUGGUCGGACAAGAGAAGGCGCGGAAAGCGGCAGCGGUGAUACUGGAGAUGAUCAAGGUUGGAAAGAUUGCUGGCCGGGCAGUACUGAUUGCUGGUCCACCAAGCACAGGAAAGACUGCCAUAGCCAUGGGCAUGGCGCAAUCGCUCGGCCCCGACGUCCCCUUCACCUCACUCGCCUCCUCCGAGAUAUUCUCGCUCGAGAUGUCCAAAACGGAAGCCCUAACGCAAGCGUUCCGCAAGUCGAUCGGCGUGCGCAUUAAGGAAGAGUCCGAAAUCAUGGAGGGCGAGGUGGUGGAGAUCCAAAUCGAUCGCAGCGUGACGGGGGGCGCUAAGCAGGGCAAGCUGACCAUCAAGACGACUGACAUGGAGGCUGUGUACGACAUGGGCGGCAAGAUGAUUGACGCCAUGACCAAGGAGCGCGUCAUGGCGGGCGACAUUAUCAGCAUCGACAAGAGCAGCGGCAAGAUCACCAAGCUGGGCCGCUCGUACGCUCGUAGUCGGGACUACGAUGCCAUGGGCGUCGAUACCAAGUUCCUGCAGUGUCCUGAUGGAGAGCUGCAGAAGCGAAAGGAGGUGGUGCAUACGGUCAGCUUGCACGAGAUUGACGUCAUCAACUCACGCACGCAAGGAUUCCUGGCACUAUUCAGUGGUGAUACGGGCGAGAUCCGCAGUGAGAUCAGGGACCAGAUUGAUACGAAGGUUGCCGAGUGGAAGGAAGAGGGCAAGGCUGAGAUAGUGCCCGGCGUCCUCUUCAUCGACGAGGUGCACAUGCUCGACAUCGAGUGCUUCAGCUACAUCAACCGCGCGUUAGAGGUGGAUCUGGCACCCGUUGUCAUCAUGGCCAGCAACAGGGGCAACUCCAAGAUCAGGGGCACUGACUAUCGAAGUCCACACGGUCUGCCGCUCGACUUCCUGGACCGAAUCGUCAUUAUUCAGACCCAGACUUACGCGCCAGACGAUAUUAACAAGAUCCUGACUAUCCGAGCGCAAGAAGAGGAGGUUGAGAUGUCCCCAGAUGCUUUGGCACUAUUGACAAAGAUUGGACAAGAAGCAGGUUUGCGUUAUGCCAGCAACCUCAUUACCACAUCCCAGCUCAUCUGCACGAAACGCAAGGCCAAGCAGGUCACUAUCGAAGAUGUACAAAGGAGCUUCAAACUCUUCUACGACCCGAACAGGAGUGUCAGUUUUGUAGAUGCGUCGGAGAAGAGGCUAAUUGGCAAUGAUGGAGGCGUCGAUUUUGCGGUUACGAAUGGUCAUGGCGAAGCGAUGGACAUUAGCUAGAUGUUUGCAAAUAUGGGCUGUUUUCAUGGCGUUGAUGGGUUACAAAAUGGACGAGAACUUGAAAUUUCGAGUCUUUCAUCAUAGGUGGAUUUGGCGUAGGAUCUAUAUCAUUGGCUCGUACUAAUCACUGCUUCGUAUCAACGUUUCCAUCGAGGGCUAACUAUUUCCUUGUCACCUCUCAAUCCCAAUGUCCCGACUCGACCACCGGUUUGUUCUUCAUUAAAGU